AUGAUGGUGGAUAAUUUUGCCUCCAGCAUCAACAAAGCUGAGAGUGAAGUACAAAUUCCACAACCGGGGGUGGAUAACGAUGCUAUGAGAACACAGCUCCCUUUUCGGAUGCCAGUACUGGUCCUCUUUGAAAAAACAACAGUUAAACCAGUGCAAUUCCUGGAUUCUUUUCUCAAUUAUAUCGUCAGCAAAGGGUCUGAAGAAGUGCAGUUUGCUCAGGAGAAGAUUAAACUGAGCUCCAUCAGCCGCAUCCUGCGGAGCAAGUUUGGGAAAGGCGAGGAAGAGGAAGCCGAACUGGAAAGGAAGGAGGUGGAGGAAGGUGACAAGAAGGCCAAGCACAGCAUUGACGGCAUCCUCAGCGAAAGAGCAGCACCCCAGUCUGAUGAAGGCUCUGACAUCGAUUCUGAACCAGAUUUGCCUUUAAAAAGAAAGCAGCGUCGCAGCAGGACAACUUUCACAGCAGAGCAACUGGAAGAGUUGGAAAGAGCUUUUGAGAGGACACACUACCCUGAUAUUUAUACUAGGGAAGAACUUGCACAAAGAGCCAAACUCACAGAGGCUCGUGUCCAGGUCUGGUUUAGUAACCGUCGUGCUAGAUGGAGGAAACAGGCAGGAGCCAAUCAACUGAUGGCUUUCAACCAUCUGAUCCCAGGAGGAUUUCCACCCAGUGCCAUGCCAACUUUGCCAACAUACCAGCUCUCUGAGCCCUCUUACCAACCCACCUCCAUACCGCAAGCUGUGUCUGAUCCAAGCAGUACUGUCCAUAGACCUCAGCCUCUCCCUCCAAGCACUGUACACCAAAGCAGCCUCCCUUCGAAUCCAGAGAGCAGCUCUGCCUAUUGCCUACCCAGCACCAGGCAUGGAUUUUCCAGCUAUACAGACAGCUUUGUGCCUCCAUCCGGGCCCUCAAAUCCCAUGAACCCUGCCAUUGGCAAUGGCCUUUCACCUCAGGUAAUGGGACUCCUGACUAACCAUGGUGGUGUGCCUCACCAGCCCCAAACUGAUUAUGCCCUGUCCCCUUUAACUGGGGGCCUGGAGCCCACCACCACUGUCUCAGCCAGCUGCAGCCAGCGGCUGGAUCACAUGAAGAGCUUAGACAGCCUGCCCACCUCCCAGUCCUACUGCCCACCGACCUACAGCACCACGGGCUACAGCAUGGACCCUGUCACAGGCUACCAGUAUGGGCAGUACGGACAAAGUGCCUUUCAUUAUCUGAAGCCAGAUAUUGCAUAAAUGAACUGUCCACUUCAAGUUAAAGCUGGUCUUGUUUUCCGGUCUCACUCCAAAGCUUGGAUAUGAGGGAUCUUCUCAACACACUGCAGUCUAAACUGGGGCAGUCCCAUUGAGAGAAGCAGGCUUGUUAUGUUCUUUCCAGUCAUAGCUUUUAGCAGACUUUUGAAGGCUGGACAAAGCUAUACAGAAGACAAAGGCCAAAAGCAAUAAUGAAUAAAUAAAUGCGACAUGGUUCAUUACGAGUGGGUAUACAAAACAGAGCAGUAUUUAAUAUCACUGCCUGGCAAAACAUUCCAUUUUUUGUUGGUAAAAUUAAUGUGCAUUGAUUGGGACAAAUGGAACAUUCUGAAACUUAGAGCAGCUGAGCUCUGUGUACUCUGACUCAUCUGACAUCCAGUGCUGACUUUAGUCUAACUUUAAAACUGCUCAGUUUCUGAAGCAAGGGCAGGAGAACCUCCUUCAUUUUACACACUGGAAACUGUCAUCAAGAGGAAAUGUCACUGUCCAUAGGAAGUGCAUAGGAUAAGUGCAAAAGACUUCCAGAGCAACUUACUGGUUACUUUACCAUGCUUUUGUAAUCACAUUGCCAAUAAAUGUCACUUACAAGUUUUGCUUUAUCAAGGGAUGAGAUCUUGUGUAAACAUGAAAAACAGAUUUUACCUUUUUGUAUAUGGAGUUUUCCUGGUCCGUUGUAACUUUUUGAACAAAUGCGGGAGAAAAAAAAAAUCAAGAACAACGCGACUGAUUUUUCACAACUGCCUAGCAAUGUGCAAUACUGUGUACCUCACACAAACUUUGGGAUCAUCCAAAGUCAUAUAGAUAGAAUCAGAACUAUAUUUUUGCAGGUACUUUUAUUUUUGCAGUGCAUAAUUCCUGUUGAUAAAGUACAGAAAUGUUGCAGUCUGCUGGACAACUAAAAUCCAGCUUGUUAAUCAUGAUUUAAAGGUAAUUUUCAGGCAACAGUACGAAGAAAUGAUUACGUUUACAUUUUUUUUUAGUGAUAUACAGGACAUAUACAGAGAUGGACCUGUAUUUGAGACAUUUGUUUAAAUUAUACAGCGAUAUCCAAUAUAGAAGAUAUAAUUAUAGGAACCAAGGUUUACAAGAAGUUUGCAUUGUGACAUUUUAGAAUGUCAAUAAAUUUGUGUUUUGUGAUGUUGAGAGGAAGAGGAAGAUGGAAGGCGGUGUUAUUUAUUUCUCUCUAUUCUUGGAACAAGGAGGGAGGCAGAACACAAAUACAUUCCUUUUAGUGUUAAGGACUAUGAAGUAGUGAGUUAGACUAGGUUCAGUACAGAGGUUAGUUCACACAUUGGUCUUAAGGGUGAUGGAAAAAUGAAAUAUUAUCUUUGUGUUGCAGCCUCUACAACAACAUGUGUUGUAAAAGAAAAAAAAUACAAAGAAAAAAACAAAAGAACAAAUGUCUUUCAUGUAAAAAGUUCAGUAAAUAUUUACUAUUUAUAAUGAAUAAACAUUAUGAAG